AUGGGUAUGGAAUCAGGAGUAAUACAAGAAUAUCAGAUCACAUCCUCGUCGUCAUUUGCAAAACCUCGAAACAAUACAAGACACGCAGCACAAAAUGGCAGGCUUAACAAGAAAUCUGACAAACAUGGUAUUGGUGGAUGGGCUGCAGGUUCAAAGAAGACUGGGGAAUACAUACAGGUUGACCUUAGUUUCAUCCAAGUCAUCACCAUGAUAGCAACACAAGGAAGAAAUUGCUGUUACAAUCAGUGGGUCACCAAGUAUUCGUUGUCGUAUAGUGAUGAUGRCACGAACUGGAAACACUACCAAGGGGACUGUAUCAAGGUUUUUCCGGGUAACACGGACAAAAACACCAUUGUGACGAACAAGCUUGAAAUACCAAUCAAAGCCAGAUAUAUUCGACUUAUUGUGAAAGGGUUUAAUGGGCAUCCUACAAUGAGAAUGGAGCUUUAUGGUUGUACUAAGCUAUCCCCACGGUGA